CAGACCCGGAAGUUCCGGGUUAAGUUCCGGGUAGAGUUCCGGGUGCCAACAAGUCUUCUGACUGGAGAAAUGGCCACGCUCUGUCUCUUCGACAUGGAUGGGACCCUGACUGCCCCGCGGCAGAAAAUUACAAAAGAAAUGGAUGACUUUCUACAAAAAUUGAGGCAGAAGACCAAAAUUGGAGUGGUAGGUGGGUCAGAUUUUGAGAAACUGCAAGAGCAACUGGGAAAUGAUGUGGUUGAGAAAUACGAUUAUGUGUUUCCAGAGAAUGGCUUGGUAGCGUACAAAGAUGGGAAGCUAUUGUGUAAACAGAAUAUCCAGGGUCAUCUGGGAGAGGAUGUGAUCCAAGACCUGAUCAACUACUGUCUGAGCUACAUCGCAAACAUUAAACUCCCUAAGAAAAGGGGAACUUUCAUCGAAUUCCGAAAUGGCAUGUUGAAUGUGUCCCCCAUUGGAAGAAGCUGCACCCAAGAAGAACGAAUUGAAUUCUAUGAACUGGACAAAAAAGAACAUAUACGACAAAAAUUCGUAGCAGACCUGAGGAAGGAAUUCGCAGGGAAAGGCCUCACAUUCUCCAUAGGUGGCCAAAUCAGCUUUGAUGUCUUUCCUGAAGGAUGGGACAAGCGGUAUUGCCUGAGACACCUGGAACAUGAUGGUUAUAAGACCAUUUAUUUCUUCGGAGACAAGACUAUGCCUGGUGGUAAUGACCAUGAGAUCUUCACAGACCCCAGAACUGUGGGCUACACAGUGACGGCACCCGAAGACACAAGCAGGAUCUGUGAGGAGCUCUUCCCUUAACACCAGACAACAACACUGAAAGGGGCAUCGGAUGAUGAAAAGGAGUCAAGCCAUCCAGAGUUACCCAUCUGGGAUAGAACUGAAGACUUCUGUGAUAUGCUCCCAGUCUGCAGUCUGUGGUGGAGGCUGGGGCAUGAAGCCACUGUUCUGCCAAAGGGUUACUGUUUUCAAGCCAGCUUCCUGUGAGCGGCAGACCACAGUGUGGCCUGCCCGAGCGAUAGCUGACCAAGUAACAGCUGAUCCCACAGUUUGUACCUCCAUUGGCCUGGUCAUCUCUGUUUGCUACAUCUUAAAGCCAGACUGUUCUCCUGUCACCAGCAGGAGGGGAGGACAGAGGACCCAGCAAAGCAGAACCUCGUCCGCGGUCCUCUUUAACCCCCAAGCUGACCAACCCAGGUAACAGACCCAGUCCUGAGGCAUCAGAGACAACUUGGUGGCCACAGCAGCAGGAGCAUGCUCUCUAGCCUCUUCUUGGAGGGUGCACAUGCCUCCUCCAGAACCUCAGGGACAGCCUUCCAAGAACACUUCCCAGGCAGCUUUCCAGUGCCUAGUAAACGGUUCUGCAGCCUGCUUCCUCCUCAGGAGCUUCUGCUGCCUGCCCUUUCCUGCCACCAGACACCACGUGUUUCCACUGCCCUACCCUUGGCUGCCCACACUGGCACCUGCUGCUGGCCCAUUCACCUCUGUCCACCCCACAGGAGUGUGCCAGGACCUUACCCUGUGGCAUCCUUGGACUUUAUGAAACACACUGAAGGGACAGCACCGUUCCUUGCUUCUCAGUCUGAUCACUUUAACCCUCAUGUCAAAUGGGUAUCUACCCCAGGUUUGUAGAGAACUUGGGUUCCCAGAGCUUCUUUCCCUGCUCCACUCUAGUGAUGUUGGAGCCCCUAGCUGUCCUGGCUGUAGCAGUUCGCAGCCAGCCCAGAGGCUGUGUUCUACCUGCAGGUCCAGUGCCUCCUACAGUGGCUGUCACAGACCCCCUCUCCCACUGUCUUCAUUCAGUUCUCCCACCUAAUAAAGGGACUCUGCUCUCCAGG